AUGCAAGGAAUUCCAGAAAAAGUUGUCCACAAUGGCGACAUCUUGGAUGACUUCCCCGCAUCCUACCGCGUCGAGGACGUCGAGUUGCGGAUAGCACGCUCCGAAGAUCUGUUCUUCAAUCAAGAGCUAGACUUGAAGCGACUCCAUCGUGUGAUACGAUGGUUGUGGCUAUGCGGUCAGACUAUGCCUCCUCGGCCUUUACAUGCUCAACUACUCCUGGGCCGCAGAGUUGUCAUCACAGAACGCUUGGACUUGCAUCUCAUUUGGGGAAAUGACCGCAUGUUUCUCAAGCCUCUGCCGCGAUGGCUCCUUCACCAGCAAUUCUGGGAACAACACCGCGACGAUACUAUUCGACUCCAAGCAUUGAGUCACGGCUCUCUUCGGACAUUGAGAAGCUCUGCUCUUGGGUUUCUGCUGUCUUAUAUCGCAUUGAUCCAACAUGAGAGCGACUUCUUUAUCGCCAAGGAUGCUCACAUCAUCCCAGAUGAGUUGACAUGGAAGAAGUGGAAAGUUCUCGUGCGCGAGAUACUGCAAGUUCCGAGUGAGCAACUUCGGCUUCAAGUAGCAGACCGCUUCAUCUACGGGGAGCUACGCUUGCGCCGCCUCAAUCUUGUAUACCGGUGCCUCGGCCUUUCGUUUUACGGGUAUUUUUCGCGCUGGAAUUCAUAUUCAAACUUUGUUCGAGACAAUAUGGAUUUAGUGGUUGCGGGAACAGUCUAUCUUGCUCUCAUACUGAGUGCUAUGCAAGUGGGCUUAUCAACGACAACAUUGGAGGGCAGCAAAGCUUUUCAAGCUGCGUCGUAUGGUGCGACGGUCCUUGCGAUAUUAGGACCGCUGGGAGCCGUGACACUCAUUCUGGUCAUUGCUGUAGUGGAUUUCCUACAAAACUGGGCUUGGAACAGGCGGAACGAAAAGAAAACGGAGAUCAGAUUAGGAAGGACCUGGAAAAUCAGGCACGUCAGUGAAUAGAAGACAAAGAGCAUUAUACGUAGGAGAAUUAUACCAUCGACUUUCGGCCUC